AUGAGCCAAGGUGCAGCUGGACUUUGGACAGAGCCCAUCACUGCGGGCUGGAGCAAUCUGUCUACAAAUGUACCAAUUCGUAUAAUGGUGGUGGUGAUAAAAUAUGAUUACUUUCCAUGGAGCCGCCCAGAUAACCGAGUUGUUGGAAUUUGUGGCUCUGGGGGGUCAGAAAGAGGGGCAAGUGUGAACACGAAAGUCACUGGCUUUGUCCGCGCGUCUAUUCUGGCCAAAUCUAGAAAGAUGGAGCACAGAGUCAAAAUGCCUAAUCAGACGGCUAUUGUAAAGUUGCGUCAUUCAUGCUGA